AGAUACAAAAAUUGAUUUGAUUAAAAUAAAGUAUAAACCCCUCCCAAAGCGACAAGAUAUAUAAAUAUAGAAUCAUCACGAUGGUUAAUUCAUUUGCAACGUAUGGAAUAGAGCCCAGCGAGCAGCGGCUCAAGACUAAGGACAAGCCCGUUAACUCCCCCACAAUGCAGCAAUCAGUUGAUCGCCCGAUAGAUCCGGGAAGCAAGAGACGUAGUUCUUCGUUUGUUUCCAGUAGUUCACCAUGGUUUCGAAGAAAUUCUUUCCUUUCACCUACCAUGAUUCAGAAUGAGAAUUUCUCUGUGUAUGAGGCACCGUCAUAUUAUUCUGAAUCGGCCAGUUAUAACAUCAUAUCACUCCGCGAAUGCCAGGGGUUUAUAUUUAAUCAAGAUUUAUUUGCAUCACCUUACCAACAACUGAGAGCUUUAGCAAAUGAGAAACGAUACCGAACAGCCAGUUUCAACUCACAUACUUCUCGUUGUAAGACCCCUAGUCGUUCGGGGAGGGGAUCCACUUCUUCGGACCAUCAUUUGUGUCCCUCUGCUGACGUUAAGGUCAACCAAAGAAGACAUACAUCGUAUCUAGAGUCAAGACCAUCAUUUUUCUCAAAUCUUCCAAAGGCUAACAAUGAUUCUGCUAUUAUUGACGAUGAUGACGUUAGUAUGAAUAUUCUUUCUGAGGAAGAAGGAGAAGAUGUGGAAGAGCUUGAAGAUGUGUCAGGGGUGGAUAGACAAGUGGAGGGCGAUAUUGUAGAAGAUGAAGACGAAGAAGAAGAAGAAGAAGAUGAUGAUGACGACGACGAUAUCGAGGAAGAAGAAGAGUAUGGAGAUAUGGGAUAUGGCGGAGAUUCUGUCAACCGCAGGUAUAAGGUCCAUGUGACCGAGAUAAUAGUCAAUGAAGAUGACGAUAGUAUGUUUCCUUCAAUGAACGGGAACUAAGCACCCGAGUACUAAUAUAGUGUUGAGUUCUAGAUACCUAACUCGGUUAAUUCAAUUCUAAACCUACUCUAUACAACCACAUUUCGCAUCAUCAAACCAUUUCCGGAGCUGUCAUUCUAAAUUUUUUUGUCCUAUAGAAACCCAUCACACUUACCCACCCUUAGUUAGCAUCAUCAUGAUACCCCAUUGUUUAUAUUUGU